UAGUCUGCAGACGACUCAAACUGAGAAAAUCCCUUAAUCUUCCAAAUUCUUUCCUGAGAAACAUGGUGAAACGAGUAGCAAUUGUGGGAGCUGGGGUCUGUGGCCUGGCCUCCAUCAAGUGCUGCCUGGAAGAGGGGCUGGAGCCCACCUGCUUCGAGAGGAGCUGUGACCUGGGGGGACUUUGGAGAUUCACGGAACAUGUUGAAGAAGGAAGAGCCAGUCUUUACAAGUCUGUGGUUUCUAACAGCAGCAGGGAGAUGUCUUGUUAUCCAGAUUUUCCUUUUCCGGAAGACUACCCAAACUUUGUGCCAAAUUCUCUAUUCCUGGAAUAUCUCAAACUCUAUUCAACCAAGUUCAACCUUCUGAGAUGCAUUUGUUUCAAUACCAAAGUGUGCAGUAUAACAAAACGCCCGGAUUUUGCUGUCUCUGGACAGUGGGAAGUGGUCACUGUCAGUGGAGAGAAGCAGAGCUCAGACAUCUUUGAUGCAGUCAUGGUCUGCACCGGUUUUCUGACUAACCCACAUCUACCCCUGGAUUCCUUUCCAGGUAUACAAACUUUUAAGGGGCAGUACUUCCACAGCCGACAGUAUAAACAUCCAGACAUAUUUAAGGACAAGCGAGUCCUUGUGGUUGGAAUGGGAAAUUCUGGCACAGAUAUUGCCGUGGAGGCCAGCCACUUAGCAAAAAAGGUGUUCCUCAGCACCACCGGAGGGGCAUGGGUGAUCAGCCGAGUCUUUGAUUCAGGGUACCCAUGGGACAUGAUAUUCAUGACACGAUUUCAGAACAUGCUCAGAAAUCUUCUCCCAACUCCAGUUGUGAGUUGGUUGAUGUCAAAAAAGAUGAACAGCUGGUUCAACCAUGUGAAUUACGGUGUGGCUCCAGAAGACAGGACUCAGCUGAGAGAGCCUGUGCUAAAUGAUGAGCUCCCAGGUCGCAUCAUCACCGGAAAAGUGUUGAUCAAGCCCAGCAUCAAGGAGGUGAAGGAAAACUCUGUCGUGUUUCACAACACGCCAAAGGAGGAGCCUAUUGACAUCAUCGUCUUUGCCACUGGAUACACCUUUGCGUUCCCCUUCCUCGACGAAUCCAUAGUGAAAGUUGAGGAUGGCCAGGCAUCACUGUACAAGUACAUCUUCCCUGCGCAUCUGCCAAAACCAACUCUGGCUGUGAUUGGCCUCAUCAAGCCCCUGGGCUCCAUGGUACCCACAGGAGACACGCAAGCUCGAUGGGUUGUUCAGGUCCUAAAAGGUGCGACUACGUUACCACCACCAAGUGUCAUGAUGGAAGAAGUUAAUGAACGGAAGAAAAACAAGCAUAGCGGGUUUGGCUUGUGCUACUGCAAGGCGUUGCAAUCAGACUAUAUAACAUACAUAGAUGACCUCCUGACCUCUAUCAAUGCAAAACCAGAUCUGCGGGCCAUGCUGCUGACUGACCCACGCCUGGCUCUGAGCAUCUUCUUCGGCCCAUGCACACCUUACCAUUUCCGCCUGACUGGUCCAGGAAAAUGGGAAGGAGCCAGAAAGGCCAUCUUGACCCAGUGGGACCGAACAGUGAAAGCCACCAAAACUCGAACCGUACAAGAAUCCCCAUCUUCCUUUGAAACUUUUCUUAAACUCUUUAGUUUUCUGGCUUUGCUCGUGGCUGUUUUCUUGAUUUUCCUGUAAGUGAAAGAUCUAACUGGCUUUUCAAAUGUGUGGAGUAUAACAGUUAAACUCCUCUAAUGUAACAACUUUCCCUUCAUAAUCAUAAACCAUGUCCAAAGAAUGAACAUGGACAUUUCCCCUUCCCAGCUCACCUCAUGGGCCCCUUGGCAUUGCUGGGUCUCUUGCAGCUCCAUUAGGUUUAACGCCAGAAGAUAAUGCCUAGCAAUUUUGUUCACUUAAAAUGUUGGAAGGAUCCAGGCCCCUUUUCAGGAAGAAGCUGUACCCCCAGGGAGUUCUCUGAGCAUUCUUUCACAUAAACACACACCCUGCAAAGAAAAAAAAAAAAAAAAACAGUUUUCCUAGAUCUCAAUGAAAAGCCCAACCUCGUGGAAUAUUGGUCUGCACUAAAAUAGUUCUCUGUGUAUUAGCUGACUACAAAUAAAAUG